AUGAACCUGGACGUUGAAAGGGGAGAAGAAUCAUACUCUGCGGAGGAAAGCAUCCCGCUAAGGAGUUUGAAUAACCCUAAGCCCUCGUUUGAACUUCUUGAAGAUAACUAUGAGCUGGAAGAUAACACCAACGUUGGAUUUUUCAGUUGGUUAUGGAAUGGCCCAAAUUACCCGAAGGAUGAGCCGACCACCGUCAAAUCAUACAGUCUAUCCCAAGUUGACAGCUACCCAUUUUUUCUGAGGAAAGAACUACAGUACAAGAUCAAAUUUGCAGUCACCGUUGGGUACAUUUUUUUAUGGUUACUGAUUAAUUAUCUGUUAUUGUAUGAUGUUAUCUUCAAAGCCCCGUCUCUGGACGGAACGGAGAUUAUGAGUGUUUCUUGUGGCGAAGUGAAGGAAAUUUGGAAGGGCAAGAACGACAGAUGUGGACUGAAUGCCGAAAGAUGUACAACCAUUGCCGAUGGAAGUGUGCUUGUGAAGUGUCCAGCACUGUGCCACAGGGGAUCUUGGACUUUCUCAUCUAUUCCUGUUGGUGACCUUACCAUAAAACGUAGAGGCUUUUUCAUAGGGGGAGGGAGAAAAAGCAUCUCGGACACAAAUUCUGAGGACAUAUUAACCAAUGCCUAUAGAGCUGAUUCAUAUCCAUGCGGAGCUGGAAUUCAUGCUGGAUUAAUAUCAUCAUUUUCUGGUGGGGUUUUAAACCUGACCUUUCAGGGCACCCAGAACAAUUUUAGUUCAACUAAAGGAAUGUAUGGAGCUCAAGACUCAAUUCCUUUCAAUUCAGCAUUCCCAUCAUCUUACGCGUUUGGAAAGGUUCACCCUGGAAAGUGUACAAACUGUACAGAUACCAGGUUUUUGGUACUUAUCGUAAACAUAUUCUUGGGCUGGAUUUUUUCUUAUCUUGCCAGUAUGCCGUUGGUGUAUUGGGUGAGCUCGAUUGUUGGCUUUUGGGUACUAACGUUGAGCUUUGAUCCUCCUAUAAUACCGAAUGUUGCCAAGAAUAGUGACUCCCCUUAUGAGCUACUCAGUCUAGCUGUCCAACGCUUUUUGCCCACAUGCUUUAUUCUAUAUGUGGUGUGGAAAUUUGCCUCUGGUUACACCAUGAAGGAAACGAGUCGAGGCGGGGUUAGAAUGUGGGUCGUUUGUUUCUGGUAUCCGUUGUACUGGAUAGGAGUUCUUAAUAAUAUUACCUUUGAUGCACUACCAGUUGACAGGCUAACAAGAUCAGAUAUUGCGGAACAAAAAGGAGCACUGAUAAGCAUUCUUGGCAUUGCAACGCUGAUUUUGUCUUGUGCUGUUGUCCAGGCAGUACAGUUGUGGAAAGCGGGAAAAUUUCAAAAAUAUUUUUACAUUUAUCUUAUCUUCAUAGUUUCUCUGCUCUUACUGGCGAGAAUCCCUGGUUUAACUUUGAGACUGCACCAUUACGUUCUAGCAUUGUUGCUGCUGCCUGGAACUAGAACCAGAAAUAUCACAGCCAUAAUGUUUCAGGGUAUUUUAAUUGGGCUUUUCAUUAAUGGUGUUGCUCGAUGGGGCAUGGAUAGCAUAUUAGAAACAGAAAUCCAACUGAAAAGAGACGAUCCCCUGGGAAGAAUCAAGCCUCCUCGAUUUGAAGGGCUCAAUGCCGAUACUGGCAUUCUAGAAUGGGAGUCGACUGAGUCCACGAGAAACUUCGAAGAGUACUCUCUACUGAUCAAUGACGUUGAAGUUUACAGAGGAUCUGAUAACCACCUCAACGUGACGGAUCUUUUCAUUAGCGCUAAACCUGACAAUUUCUUGGCACGUAUCUAUCGUUACAGGUUGCCUAGUUAUUUUAGACUCGCAGGUAAAGUAUCUGAUAGAGGGCACCAAGCAUACAGUGAUUAUUCCAAGAGUGGCAUUUACGAUGGGGAAACUUUCCGUGAGCCAAACUGA